CAUUAUCUAGUGUAUAUUUAAUAAUUUAAGUAAUAUUUUAGGUAUGUUUUAAGGUAUAUUUGUAACAGUAGGCGCUUUUAUUUUGAAGGUGUUUUUUACAGGCCUAAUUUUAGAGAAGCAGCAGCUCUGUGUCUCUCUCUAGUGGCAGCUAUUGUACAUAUCACAGAGUAAAUGGAGCAAAACAAGAAGAACUACAGAGAGUAACGGGAUUUUAUUCACUCUCUGGGAAUUUAUUUAUUUCACUUUACCUGAGUCAUCGGAUUAUUUCACAUCUUUGUAUUGGACGAUAACUCACCACGUGCACACGUUUGUGGGGAAACAUGCCAUUGUGCUGCAGCGGGUGAGGGAAACCGUUAGUUGUGGCUGGUAAGCAAGUUAAAGUGACGUAAAUGCACGGAUCUAGAUCUAUUAUGUGAAAACGAAACAGAGGAAACUAUCUUCCAUCCUACCUGCUGCUUCAAGAACUCGAUGCGCAAAUUUGACCGCAAGUCUGCAGAAGAAAAAAAAACUUGCACGUUACUAAGUGCUCAUUUCCUGUUCCCUCGUGAGAGCCCAACCUGUCCGGAUUUAUUUCAUCUCUUUUACUUUAUUAACUGCCAUGUUAUUUAGCAAGUCGACAUGUCAAAUCGCACACAAAUGGCAUCACCGAAGACUUUACGAGAGUGGUGCCGAUGCACAUGCGCCAAAUACCCCAAUGUGGAAAUCAGGAACAUGUCAACUUCAUUCAAAGAUGGACUUGCUUUCUGUGCCAUCAUCCACAAACACCGACCUGACUUGAUAGAUUUCAGCUCCCUCUCCAAAGAAAAUGUCUAUCAAAACAACAAAGUGGCCUUUGAGACUGCCGAGGGGAAGCUGGGCAUCCCUGCGCUGCUGGACCCGAAGGACAUGGUGUCCAUCAAGGUGCCCGACUGUCUGAGCGUCCUCACCUACAUCUCCCAGUACUACCACUUCUUCAACAGGAAGCCAUAUGCAUGUCUCGCCACUCUGAAAUCAUCCCACGUCACAUUUUUUAACAACUUCACAAAGAGUAAAACCCCCGAUGGUCUGAAGCCCCUGAAGAGUCCGAUUGAUCUUGAAACCGGUAGAAAGGAUCGUCUGUCCAACACGAGGCCAUGCACCGUGUGUAGUUCCUGUUUUAAGCCUGUCCACCUCAUACAGAGACAUCUGAUGGAUGGAAAGGUCUUCCAUCGCAGCUGCUUCAGGUGCAAAGUGUGCCACUGCACUCUUUUACCGGGAUCCCUGAUUUGCACUCAGCACAUAACAGACAGUCAAGGUACAUCUUGUGAGAAUCUGCCAAAAUGUAAGUUUGAGGAAGGCUAUGUUUCUUUGGGGGGAUUGGCCGUCCCCUCUGUCCCUCAUUACGCUAAAAAAACAGAGUCACCGGACAGACUGGUUUGUAAAACACCAGAGAUGGAGGAGAAGGAAAAGCAGGAGAGGAGCAGCCGAGAAGAUUCAGCUGUGGGAGUGAAGAGCUCGGAAAAGCAACCAGCGCCUCCUCUUCUUCCUCCACCUAUUGUUACAGACAGGACGGUAACAGGAGGUGGAGCUGCACCCAUUCUGGCAGAAGGUAGGGUACAACAGGAGGCGACACACUCCUCUGAGCUUUCUACGCAAGUCACAGAGGAAGGAAGCAGUCGUCCGGUUCCAGCCCCUAGACGGAUGUUGGACGUCCCUGUUCCUGCUCCCAGGAUCAAAACUGCACCGCCCACAAAAAGUUCCUCUGCUGCAGUUUACAGAAAAUCUUCUCCAUCAGACAAACAUCUGAGCAGCCCGAGCAGAGGGAACCCUAAAGUGCAAUCCAACCAUCCCUGGAUCACCAUCAUCCAUCCGGGGCCCUGGACCCAGCUGCCCCUCGCUCCACCUCCAGUCCCCACCCCUCGAUCCAAAUCCGUCUCAAACCUGCGGUCAACAUGGUACAAACCCAGAGUGCCUGGUCCGAAUCCGUUUGGAGAGGAGGGGGAUGAGGAGAAGGAAGAAGAGGCUGCAGAACAAACUAAGCCCUCAUUGGACGCUGCGGGCUGUGACGCUGAAGCUACAGGGGAAACCGCUGGAGAUAUUAAUCAAACUGGAAACACAAGAGGUCAGGAACAAGCAGCAGCAGGGAUAAAUGCCAAUUCAGAUGAAGCACAGAGUCGCAUUUUACCCAGAAGCCUCUCUGUGCCGGCCAUCACAUCUGCCCACUCCCAAAGUUCCCUUUCCCAUUUUGACUUGACGGAGGAAAGUGAAUCCGAUGAGGUCAUGUCCAGUUCAAGUAAGCUGGCCUGCAAAGAGAAUCCCUUCGAUCGGAAACCUGGCAUGCCCAAAUCUAAAACUGUUCAGGCCCUCCAGUCUGCGAGGGCCCCGGCACCCGGAUAUGGCUUCCCACUCAUCAAGAGGAAGGUGCAGACGGACCAGGAUGCAUCCACAGCAGAUCUGCAGAGGGAGAUGAGUGAGCUGGAUAAACAUCUGGAGGCUCUGGAACAAAGAGGAGUCAAGCUGGAGAGAAAUCUGAGAGACUUCAACAACGAUCAUGAGGAGGAACAGAUGCUCAUGGACUGGUUCUCUCUUCACCACAAGAGACAUGUUCUGGUGCGCAGAGAAACAGAGCUGGUUUAUCUGACCAAGCAGCAGAAGUUAGAGGAGAGGCAGGCAGACGUGGAGUACCAGCUCAGGUGUCUCUUUAACAAACCAGAGAGUGACUGGAGUGAGGAGGAUCGAGGUCAUGAGCGGCAGCUGAUGGACGAGCUGGUCGCCAUCAUCGAGCAGAGGAACCAGAUCGUCAGCGUCUUGGAUCAGGACAGGCAGAGGGAAAGUGAAGAACAUAUGCAUUUGGAAGCCAUGAGGAAGAACAAAGAUUUCCAGAAUGAAAGCCAGAAAGAGAUAAAGAAGUCAAAAGGAAAGUUCAAGUCGGCAAAGAUGUUUAAGAAGCUGAACCACAAAGCAGAGAGCAACAAAGACUCUGUGGACAAAAAGAGCUGAAGUGUGGUCAUUACUGCAGACACCAACUCAUCCUCUGAGCUAUCCACCCUAGAAUAUGAUAACAACAUUUUGUUUUAUUUUGUUUUAUUUUGAAGAGCAGCUCGGUAGCAUAGACUUAUUAUCCUAUUAAGUUUCAGAUUUAUUGGUGUACAUGUUCUCUUACCUGUUUCUUUACUUUCCCCAUCUCCUGUAUGUAAUAUAUCUAUUUUAUUACAUACUCAUUUGUUAGAGUAUGCAAUAAAUAUGUAUAUGGGAAAUGUGCAUCAUUGUGUAUUUAAUAACAGAAAAAGGUUCACUUUGCUUUGAGAUGCACGAUGGGAAGGAACAACACUGGAGAACAGAGACAAAUAAUAUCUGUCCUUCAUGAUAUGGGCAUCCUGAGUCCUGUCUUGUCUUAUGGAGGUUGUUCAAUACACAAAUACUGCAUCAUUUUUGAAAGAUAGAACAUUUGGGUCAAAAUUGACAAGGUUUAUCCAAAAUCUUGGUUUAUUUUUUACUUAAAUGGUACAAAGACAACACAGUCUUGAUGCACGAAAACACGCUGUUAAAGUUAUGGAGGAAUUGUCUACAUAUUGCAGAUCUUUACAAGAUGUUCCACAUGUAAGAACAGUAAGAAACA